CACAGAAAAGGUUAUCUAUCGACAUAAAAACAUAGACUUAUUGUUGUGAAUUUACAGAUUUCAGUUCGUGGGGGAAUAUUGACGUGAAAAGUCGAUGAUUUACGCUGAAUUUGUAAACUAGUUAAUCUUUAUAAUAAGGAGAUACCAGAGAUAAGUCAUGUCAAGACGAUUCCUAUUUGCAACAACACAUUUAAUUAAAAAUAUUUCAUCAAAACAAAUUCAUAGUGCAUCAGGAAAUUAUCAAAAAAUGUCUGGAAGUGCCAAGAUAUUGCAUCAGAAUCUCUGGGAUCAAGAUCCUGAAUUGAUGGACAUGAUCAAAAAGGAGAAACAGCGUCAGUUGAGAGGACUAGAAAUGAUUGCUAGCGAAAACUUUACAUCUUUGGCUGUUCUUCAAUGUCUCAGCUCGUGCCUGCAUAAUAAAUAUUCUGAAGGCAUGCCAGGUCAACGUUACUAUGGCGGUAAUCAGUUCAUCGAUGAGAUUGAAAUCCUCGCACAAAAGAGAUCAUUAGAGGCUUAUGGAUUAAAUCCAGAGGAAUGGGGUGUUAAUGUCCAACCUUAUUCUGGAUCACCUGCUAAUUUCGCUGUCUAUACAGCACUAAUUCAACCACAUGAUAGAAUUAUGGGACUCGAUCUUCCCGACGGAGGUCAUUUAACUCACGGAUUCCAAACUGCAACAAAGAGAAUUUCAGCAACAUCAAUUUACUUUGAAUCUAUGCCUUAUAAAGUUGAUGCCGCAACUGGACUCAUUGAUUACAGCAAAUUAGAAGAGUCAGCAAAGUUGUUUAAGCCAAAAAUUAUUAUCGCUGGAAUGUCAUGUUACAGUCGUUGUUUGGAUUAUAAGCGAUUCCGUGAUAUUGCUGAUCAAAAUAAUGCUUAUCUCUUCUCUGACAUGGCACACAUUUCUGGCCUUGUUGCAGCUAAAGUCAUUCCAUCACCAUUUGAAUAUUCCGAUGUUGUAUCUACAACUACUCAUAAGACAUUAAGGGGUCCUCGUGCUGGGGUUAUUUUCUACAGAAAAGGUGUCCGAUCAGUUAAAGCAAAUGGCGAUAAAGUCAUGUAUGAUUUGGAAUCUAAAAUUAAUCAAGCAGUCUUCCCAGCUUUACAAGGUGGUCCUCAUAAUCAUGCUAUAGCAGCUAUUGCCACAGCAAUGAAACAAGCUCAAUUACCAGAAUUUAAAGAAUAUCAAGAGCAAGUCCUUAAAAAUGCUCAAAGAUUAUGCAAAGGAUUAAUUGAAAAAGGAUAUAAAAUUGCUGCUGGCGGAACUGAUGUCCAUUUAGUGCUUGUUGAUUUGAGAGCAGCUGGAAUUACUGGUGCACGUGCUGAAUACAUUCUUGAAGAAAUUUCAAUUGCUUGUAAUAAAAAUACAGUUCCUGGUGACAAAUCAGCACUUAAUCCAUCAGGAAUUCGUCUUGGAACUCCAGCAUUGACUACAAGAGGACUCGUUGAGUCUGAUAUUGAUAAUGUUGUCGAGUUCAUUCAUCGUGGCUUGGAACUUUCAAAGGAAAUCGCUUCAAAAUCAGGUCCAAAACUUGUUGAUUUUAAGGCAGCCGUCCAUAGUGAGCAAUUUGCUGGGAAAGUUAAAGCCAUACGUGAUGAUGUUGAGGAAUUCAGCAUGAAAUAUCCUAUGCCUGGAUAUGAAGAUUAUUAAAUAUUUCGUUUUGUGAAAUUUUUUUGUGUCUUAUUUCUUUUUAUAAGCAAAUAAAGUUAAUUAAAGAAUGUUUUUAUCAAGCAAGUAUUUAUCUUUUGCACAAAAGAGCUAAUUGUUGAUAAAAUUUACUGCAAACAAUUGAGAUGUUGCUGAUUGUAUGAAGUAUGGGUGAUUUUAAUUACGUUAAUUGAAAUGGCAUCUAAUUAGAUUAGGGGCCGUUCACUUAUUACGUUCGCAUUUUAGGGGGGAGGGGGGGGGGGGGGGUUUGAAAAAUUGUAACA